ACUCUAUUAGUUUAGUUUGAGCAUGAUUGAUUGAUUAAUCUUCUGAAGCCCAUUUGUAUGGGAUUGCCUCCGUCUAAUGAAGACUGCCUCUGUAUAAUGGGCUUUAUUAAGGAGAGGGAAAAAGAUUAUGUUAAUGGGCUUAUGAGACCAAGAGAAUCUACGAGUUUGAUCCAUACACGAUACGUAUUGAUUGCCGUGAAAUCUGGAAAAAUUAAAAAAGAGAGAGUAAAUUUCGAAUCGAGGGGGGAAGGGGGAGGACAUAGAGAUAUUCAAAAUUUGAAAACAGAUUUACUGUGUUAUUCGCACCAAACUGAUACGAAGGGAUAAGAGAGAUAAGUGUUUUUUGGUGAAGAAGAAAUGGUUGGAGAGGAAGAAGAGAAAAGGAGAUGGUGGUGGUUCGAGAGUCAUCAUCACAAGACAACGACGACGACGACCUCCUCUAAGCAUUCUCAAUGGCUCCAUUCCACACUUGCAGAGCUUGAUUCAAAAACAAAUGCCAUGUUGUCGCUUAUAGAGGAGGGUGGUAACGCCGAUUCUUUUGCGCAGCGUGCCGAGACUUACUACAAGAAACGUCCUGAGCUUAUCGCCUUCGUCCACGAUUUCUAUCGUGCUCACCGUUCCUUAGCCCACCGUUUCCAUCACCUUAAAUCAUCCCCUAUCGACCACUCCCUUUCCGAGCUCCUUGAUGAUCCCCAUUCCGAGAUUGACGACCCUGACGAAGAAGAAGCUGUUGAAGACGCCUCCUCCACUUCGAAGAAACUGGAACAAGAAAGGUUGAAGCUCAUCCAAGAGAAUGAUGCUCUGAAAAGACAGCUGCUAGAGAAGGACGAAGAGAAGAGAGAGGUCAUUAGGCAGCUUUCCCUUACUGUUGAGACCCUCAAGGACGAGAACUUGAGUCUCAAGAGACGUCUUCUUCGCAGUUUGUCUCUCAAGAAACUCAGAGGUUUCCAGCUCGACUACACGUUCCUCGGGAAGCUGUUCUACAAUGGAAAUGCGCCAUCUUCAUGGUAACCUCAUGAGCACUGUGUACAAUACUUUCUUUAUGUGUUUGAUUCAACACUCUUUUCUUUUUAUCUAAGAUUGAAACAUCUAGUUUCGUGCUCUAUUGUAACCUGGAUUAUCGUAAUUAUCCUCUACCUACUUAAUAUGCA